AUGAGUUACUUGGAGAAAGUAGACGGCUACUUGGACUCUUUGAAAGUCGGAAAAAGUGCAAUAGUGGACUCGUGGUUCAUGAUGUCAAGCCCUAUACCGAUCAUAUCUGUUGUCAUCGCUUACCUGUUAUUCAUCCGGAUAGGGCCAAAAAUAAUGAAGAAUAGAGCACCACUGAAGAUAACUAAACUGAUAAGUUACUACAAUGCUGCACAAGUACUGUUAGCUGCAAUCAAUAUUAUAAAAGUCUCUCAAUUAAACCUUUUCCGGGAUGGAAUAAUAUACGCGGGUUGCCGAUAUCAAUCAAAUACUCAAAAUCCAUUGCUCCUGGAUCUGGGAUGGUGGUACUUCUUUGCCAAGUUUACGGAGUUACUCGACACUGUGUUUUUCGUUUUAAGAAAGAAGGAAAAACAGCUGACGUUCCUACAUGUUUAUCACCACGUCAUCAUGGCUCUUUACUCUUGGAGUUAUUUAAAGUUCGCUGCAGCUGGUGAUGGUGCUGUACUAGCCCUCCUUAAUUCUACUGUCCACGUGGUUAUGUACACAUACUAUCUCUUAUCGGGACUCGGACCGCAGUUUCAUAAGUAUUUGUGGUGGAAGAAGUAUGUAACAACAAUGCAAUUGGUUCAAUUUGUCCUUAUGCUGUCUUAUUGUGCGUGGACACAUUUCUCACCGCGCUGUCAAUAUGUGCCCGGCUUCACCUACUUUAUCUCCGCCAAUGUCACUAUAUUCCUUAUCUUAUUCUUAAACUUUUACGUUAAAAAUUAUAAGUUAAAAAAGGACAAGGAAUAUAAAAAUACAGAAAAUAAAGCAAUAUUAAAUGGGAUUCAAAAUAAUAUCAAAACGAAUGGAAUAGCAAAGAAAUGUAGCGAUGCUAACGGAGUUGUUGGUGACAUUUGUAAGGGGAUUCCCAAUUUGGAAGAAAUUCCAUGUGACGUAGAAAAAGUUUGUGGUGACUUUAUUAAAGAUGGUAAGGCCUAUCUAACAAGACGCACAUGUAAAUCUGCUUACGCUCCCAAAUGUGGUUUUGAGCAUAUGACAAAUAAAUGA